UCUGGCUGAUGUACAGUGCAGGCGCAAAGGAUUGUGGGAUCGGCGCGUAUGUUUCCAUCAUGGCGGCGUCAAUUUCGGGUUACACUUUUAGUUCUGUGUGUUUUCACAGUGCCAACAGCAAUUCCGACCAUGAGGGCUUCCUGUUGGGAGAAGUUAGACAAGAGGAGACUUUAAGCAUCAGUGACUCACACAUCGGUAGCUCAGAAUUCCUCAAUGUAAUAGAGGUACAUAAUCAUGAACCUUGUGCACAACUGUUUAGCUUUUAUGACUAUGCAGGUAAUAUCAAUGAAGAAAGUCUUGACAGAAUCCUCAAAGACAGAAGAAAAAAUGUUAUCGGCUGGUACCGGUUUCGACGCAACACCCAGCAGCAGAUGUCAUUUAGAGAGCAGGUGAUCCAUAAGCAGCUUACUCAGAUACUUGGCAUCCCAGAUCUCGUCUUCCUCCUCUUCAGCUUCAUCUCCACAGCCAAUAGUUCCACACAUGCUCUGGAGUAUGUGCUCUUCAGGCCUAACAGAAACAGGUAUAAUCAGAGGAUAUCUCUAAGUAUCCCAAACCUGGGCAACACCAGUCAACAGGAAUAUAAAGUCUCUUCUGUACCUAACACUUCCAAAAACUACGCCAGUGUCAUUAAAGACCAUGGGGCAGAGUUCUUUGAUAAAGAUGGGGUGAUGAAAGACAUCCGAGCUAUUUUUCAGGUGUACAGUGCUCUUCAAGAAAGAGUACAGGCUGUAUGUUCUGAAGUCGAUCAAAGCGAACGAGUAAGAGAGAAAAUCCAAGAAGAAGUGAACAAACUCAAAGAGGAAAUCGCUCUCAGGAAACGCAAUGCGGCCGAAGAAGAGAGAAGACUCCAAGAGGCAACCAACACAUCUGUCACACUUCCUGAUGACUCUGCCCUGCCCGACCCCUCGCACUUAUCCAUGACACGAGCAGAGCUGUCCAGUCCCUCGGUUGAGCCCAGUUUAGAAAGACCUGUCAACUCCUCACCUCCACCACUUUACAGCACCACGCUGCCUCCGGACUCACCGAGCGCUAUAUUGCUGCCUCGACCCCAAGCCGUAGGCUCGCCCGGCCACCCUUCCCCCAGUCUGGGCCUGGGUAACGGAGACGGCUCCAGCUCGGAUUCUCUGAACCGUCAGGCCACCGGCCAGGAAGACCAAGAGGAUGACGAGGACAGUAGCGAGUAUGAGAACUUGGUUAGUGAGCAAUUGCAGCCACCCUCCGUAACAGAAGCUGUCACGCUGGGGCGACCUGCCACCCUUUGGCCCGACGGAGAUGCCCACAGCCCGCCAGGUUCAUAGUACUCGAACGAAUCCUUGGGGAUAGGGAUAAAGACAAAUAUGACAUUACAAAAGGGUGGAAAAAGUGAAACGCGGGUGUUCAGAAAACAAAGCAGCACUUGCCUUUUGAAGUUGUGAAGCUGUGACAAUGCUGUCCUGUGUAGGGAAGGGGGCGUUGUAUUGGACCCCACACAGAAUUGCAUCUGUGUGGACUCAUGGACGCUUGUUCUCUGUUUCAUGCUCUCCUAUGGUUGUCACCGGGUGGAGAGGUGCAUCACGCUCGCUUACAGCAUCCGCUUCCCACUGAUAUUGUUCAGUGCGUACACCAUUUACCUCUUCCACUGUUUUGCCUUCUUUUGAUCUGCAUUUGAAUAGAAAGGGAUGUGUUUUUGCGGCCUUCAAACUCAACUUAGUCCAUGACUGUUUAGUGUCGUGCUUCACAAAUCCAACAAAGAAAACUGUACAGUUUAAGGUGCUUAGCAUUGCACCUUUUUGACACUUGUUCUAGAACCGUUCUUGUUCUAGAGAAAAUAUUUUAUGUCGUUUUUAUCUUCAGUUAUAGACCUGUUUGUAAAAACCAACAUAAAAGAUCAUUUUGGUCAGCAAUGAUUAUAUAAGUUACUUUAAAUAAGGGGUGCGUGUAGUAUUCUUUAUGAUCUAUAGAUGACUAAUCAUUUUAUUCUUGAUUUAAACAAACAAGUUUUAGUCCUCAUGAAUGAACAGACGAUUAUGUUCUUUUCGGCUGCAUGCUUUGUGACAGAGCCAAUCCCAUCAACCAAUCAAAAUUCCGUCUGUUUUAAACCAGAAGAGGCGCGGAUUGAUGACGUCAUUAAUCUCAGGAUUCUUUUUUAGUCAAAACGGCUCAAUUUGUUACUUAAUAAUAAUAAUAAUGUGAAGGAAAGACAUGAACGAUAUGCAACAGAUCUUUAAAGGAAUAGUCUACUCAUUUUCAAUAUUAA